GUAUUUUCACUAGUUGUAAUGACAUUUUAGAGAUCAGUUUAAUUGAUAAGCUCCAUUACAAGUCCAUUGUGCCUGAAAAUUUUACCCCCACCCUCUGUCACUCGCUGGGAUUUUCGUCCAGAGAAAUGCAUAUUAAAGUUGGAGUCUGGUCAUUUUGAGUGGGUUUCUUCUGACGUCAGAGCCACCGGCGUUUAAAACAACUCGCAUCUGGGCUGACGUCUUUAAUACUAGUUUUUAUAACGCAAAAUAUGUAUUUCUGACAUCAAAGCCGGCUACUCGGAAAAUGCUUUACGAUGCGCUCGGUUGUGUUGUAGAAGUUUAAUACAGAAGAUAGCUACUGGAAAUCCUCAGGAAGGCGUUUAAGCAAAUUAAACAUGGUAGUAUUGCGCUUCGCCCUAUAAGCGUCCAGCAGCUUUAUGCUUUACCAAUCAAUUGUUACAGUGAAACACAGCAGACCUGCAGUCUCGCCUGCUUUCUCGGAAACAGGGAUCACUCUACAAUGUCCUAUCCUCAAUUCGGAUAUCCUUACUCUUCAGCACCACAGUUCCUCAUGACCACCAACUCUUUGACAUCUUGCUGCGAGUCGAGUACCAGAUCCAUCUCGGAUUCUUCAGCGCAGACGCCCGUCUACUGUCCCGUGUAUGAAAGCAGACUGCUGGCCACUGCCAGACACGAGCUGAGCUCCGCCGCUGCGCUGGGAGUCUAUGGGAACCCGUACACAAGCAGUCAAGGCUAUGGGAAUUAUGUUACUUAUGGAGCCGACGCCUCUGCUUUCUACUCUUUGGGAACGUUUGAUGCCAAGGAUGGAAGUGCGACUGCGCAUGCGGGUAUAACCCAGGCUGCCGCAUAUUACCCAUAUGAUCCCACCCUGGGACAGUAUCAGUAUGACAGAUACGGAUCUAUGGAGGGAGGAACCAGAAGAAAAAAUGCCACCCGUGAGACGACCAGCACGUUAAAAGCGUGGCUACAGGAGCACAGGAAAAACCCAUAUCCUACCAAAGGAGAGAAGAUCAUGCUGGCCAUCAUCACCAAGAUGACCCUCACACAAGUGUCCACAUGGUUCGCCAACGCCAGGCGGAGACUCAAGAAGGAAAACAAGAUGACAUGGCCACCGAGAAACAAGGGCUCAGACGAGAAAAAAUACGAUGACGAUGAGGAUGGAUCACAAGAAGAUCAAAUCAAAAGUGAAACCAAUGAUGAUGAGAGUAAAAGUCGAGAGGACAAGGAACUUCAGUUAAGUGACUUGGACGAUUUUGACACCAUCGAGUCGGAGAGCUCGGAGUGUGAACUUAAACACCGCUUUCACAUGAACGUGCACAUGGCGACCACCGACGAUCGCCCCAAAGGAACCUCUCCAAAACUCUCCAUUCCGGGUCUGCUCGAGGCUGACCGCGAUUUAACCAAAAGUUGCUUAAAGACGUCCGCCGAUGACUGCGAACAUGACGUCGGCGACCUUCGGCACACCAAAACGUGUUUCCAACAGCAAGGCCAUCCAUUACUGGACAGCAAACCACGAAUCUGGUCUUUGGCCCAGACCGCGACCUCGCUGAUCCCAACAGAGUACUCUUCAUGUAUGCUCAGAUGUCAACCAUCACCCUCUGCCUGCUCGCCUGUUAACGGCCUAGAUAGACAGCAGGAUUCACCGGUUACCACUCUUAGAAACUGGGUAGAUGGAGUUUUUCACGACCCCUUGUUUAGGCACAGCUCAUUAAACCAAGCACAAACGAACACUACAGUUUCUUGGACCACCACGACCAAAGGGGCCAUCUUAGAGACAGAAGCCCUUGGACGCUCCAUAGCGAACACCAACGUGAUAAAAACACAGCAGCUUGAGGCCAGCAAGGACAGUAUGACUUUUCCAAAGGGGGUGAAUAAAAUAUUCUGCUCCUAGCACACCCAUUUACUCUUUAAAAACCGAGGUGGACUGUUUGGAAUAGCUGCUAACAAUUUUUAUUUCAUAACAGUUAGCAAAGACUGUAAUCAAUGGACCCAAAUUUUUGCUACAUAAAAAUGGGCUGUCAUGGGAAAGUGUAUGUAUUUAUUGUUGUAUUGACAUCUCACUGGGGAGGGUCCCAAAAAGGGAUUUCUUUACAGUAUAUAUUUAUUUGUUUAGUUGAGUUUUGUAACGCACGUUAAAUUUGUGUAAAUUAUCAACUAUGGCCGGAAAGACUGAGAAAAGUUUACAAUCCGAUUUUGGGGUUCUAAUGUUGAUUUGGCAUGCAUAUGUUUUCAUUGGAUAUUAUUUUAGAUGAACUCGGACAUUGUUGCAAUGACUCACAAGUGUCACUGUUAAGAUCGUAUCGCACAAAUGCACAAAUCCCUGUUGAAUUUGGGGAAUGUUGAGAUCUGCUCACUAUAAUAAAACAGCUGAUGUUUCCAAGUCUUGGGUCUGUGCGUCGAUCAAAGUCGCUGUCCUUGGUGCUGAAUGUAUACGCGUUUCUAUAUGCAACAUGUUACAGGUUUUGUUAAACGUCAUCUGCUUUGCUUAAAAGCUGUAAAGAUCUAUUUCUGUAAACGAAACAUUUUGAACAGCUAAUCUGCAUUUAUCACUAAAUAUCUGACAGUCAUA